AUGCAAGGAAGAUACAUGAUAAAAUGGUUAAUUUUGUUUCUAAUCACUGUGAAAUAUGCUCAUACAGUUGAAAUAUUUAUUAAAAAAACCAAUAGUAACGAUGAUCAAGAUGUAGAACAAUUACAAAGUUAUGCUAAUAAAACUUAUCAAAUACCUCUCUUUCAAAAACGUUAUGUUACAAUACGAAUUAAUCCAGAUGAGCUUCGUGGUAACAAAAAUAUCAAAAACAAUAAGAUUGUAGGAUUUAAAUUUCAAGUUCAAACAACAGAUACUCGAAUAGUGCGUAUUCAAAAAGAAGUUAUGGCACCAACAAAAGAAGUAAAUGCAAAUAAUUCAAAUAAUGUCUUACUAGAAGAUUUAUUUAUCUUACCUGAAAAAAAUGCACUUGGUCAUAUAUUUAAUGCUUAUCCAUCGCCGACAUUAAUUCAUCUUGAUAAUCAAUUAGCAAUUGAUAUAACAUGGUUAAUAGAAAGUACGAGGAUGGAAGAAACAAUCUUAACAUUUGUUAUGGAUGUAUUUUAUAAAGAUGAUUCUAAAUCAUCCUAUACAUGGUCAUUAAAAGUUCUUGUUAUACAACCGAAACGUACAAUAGAUAGUGUGUUUAUGAUGAUAUUACCAUUUUUAAUAGUAUUUAUUUCAAUACAAAUGGGUAUAUUACUUGAUACAAAACUUUUAAUUGGUCUUGUUAAAAAACCUAAACCAGUUAUAGUUGGUUUUCUUUCACAAUAUGGUCUAAUGCCAUUUUUAGCAAUGGGUAUAGCAAAAGUUUUUAAAUAUACACCGUUAUAUAGUCUUGCUCUAUUUGUUAUUGGAUGUUGUCCAGGUAGUGGUGCUUCCAACCAAUGGACACUUUUGUUCGAUGGUGAUGUUAAUUUAUCAGCUGUAAUGUCAUUUGUAUCAACUGCUACAUCUUUUGUUAUGAUGCCACUCUACUUCUAUACAUUAGGACGUAUUUAUACGGAUGAAUUACAUAUACGUGUACCAUUUUUAGGUCUUGUACGAUCAUUGGCACUUGUUGUUAUACCAUACAGUGUUGGUAUUGUUAUUAGUCAUUAUUCACCAAAGACGCGUAAAAUUGUUGAAUCUCUUGUUAAGCCACUGAUGUUAUUUCUUCUAAUAUUUUUUCUUGUUUUUGGUACAAUUGUUAAUUGGUAUUUACUUACAAUGAUUGAUUUAUAUACAGCAUUAACAGCACCAUUAUUACCUUAUUUAGGAUUUUUACUUGGUGCUUUUUUUGCAUGGAUAUGUCGACUUGAUUGGAUUCAUAUUAAAACCGUUGGUAUUGAAGCUGGAAUACAAAAUACUGGUAUUGCAUUCAUGAUUAUAUUAUAUUCAUUUCCACAACCUUAUGCAACACAAGCAAUUGUUGUUCCACUUGUCGUAGCUUUCUUAACAACAAAACCAUUCUGGCUUGUUUAUGUUAUUCGAAGUCAAAUAAUUAAAUAUAAAAAAAGAAAAGAAUUAGAGAAUAGUAAGGAGAAACCAAUUUUAAACAAUGAAAUAAAUAAUACAAAAGAAGACGCUGCCAAAAUGAUGCAAACAUUAUAA